GCUAGAAGGAUGAAUGGGCUGCUCCCUUCUCACUGUCACUGUCCUUCCGGGAAAAAUUGACAAGGAUAAAUUAGGUAGGUGGGUACAUUUAGUCUCCUGUGAAGGUACAAUGAAUGGUCAUGUACGGGAAACCACAGUUGGAUAUAGUCAUUGAAGCUCAGUGUGGGUACAGAAUGGUUUAAAUCGAUAAUCAACUAUGUUUGGCCUUGGUCAACCUGCCCGCUGCAGCCCACGAAACUCCCAGAAUGAUCAGAAGAGGGUCUGGGUGUAUUGGAACUUCCAGGAUCUCCGAAAGGAUCCCAAAGAUUCAAGACCAUUAGCCGUACAGGUUAGGACAAAGGUGUGGAAUAAUGUGCACUCCUUAGUUUGACAUUUGUCACCCGUGCGAGAGGUAUCUGGGAAGACCUUGGUCUUUGUGUAGGAUAGUCUACAGAACAUCUUGAUUUAUAUAAGACAGUGUCUGGAAUUUUCAAUCUGAAAUAGACAUUUCAGUGCCAACUUUUUCCUCCCGUUUUGCCUUGAAAUAAUCCGGAAUUGAAUUGCAUCAUUCAGAUUAGCUAUGCAUUUGCUGUAAUGCUAUAUUUUUAGGAAAUAGAGGAUCAUGAAAAUCCCAGCUUCUUGAUUGUGGCAUAGAGGAAAAGCUGUGCAUUCUGGGUGAUUCCCAGGCAGGGGAUGCAAUGGAAGAACAGGAGCGGGUUGUAGCUCUAAAGGAAGAGGGUCUCUUUGAGGACCCAGUCUUUCCUUGUGAGGAAUCCUCCCUGUUUUCAGACUAUUCCACCCCCAUCGCCAAGUUCCAGGAUGACAUCACCUGGCUCCGCCCACAGGAGAUUUGCCAGGCUCCCACACUGUUUCCUGAAAAUCCCAACGAGGGGCAUGCAAAACAAGGCACCUUGGGAGACUGCUGGUUCCUUUGUGCUCUCACCAUCUUAGUGAAGAACCAGCAUUUGAUGAACAAGGUUCUACCCCCAGCACAGGCCCAGUGGGGGGAUAAGGGGUACAGGGGCUCCUUCCUCUUCUGCCUAUGGCAGCACGGUCACUGGACAGAGGUAACAGUUGAUGACCGUCUGCCCUGCAUCGGUUCCAAGCUAUGCUUCUCUGGCUGUCAGUCCCCAACUGCCUUCUGGGUGGCUCUGCUGGAGAAGGCCUAUGCCAAAUUGCUGGGGUCAUAUGAGCGCCUGUGGGCGGGGCAGGUCUCUGAGGCACUGGUGGACCUCACUGGUGGGCUGGCGGAGAGCUGGAGCCUACGUGACUGUGGGACAGAGGAGGACCAGUGUCAAGGGUCACCUGACAGUGACAGGGUCAGUAGGAGGCUUGAUCUGGACCUCCUUCAGGAGGUCAGAGAAGGAUGUUCCGUCAGCUGCUCUGUAUCCAGUACCCCUGGAGGUGCCAGUGAGCUGGGCCAAUCCCAUGCCCUGAGUGUGAUGGACUGGGUGGAUGUGAGGACCAUUGAGGGUAGAACAGUACGACUAAUCCACAUCAGAAACCCCUGGGGCAGACGCUGCUGGGAGGGAGCAUGGAGAGACGGAGGAGAAGGCUGGAACUCCCUGGACCCAGCCUGUAGAAUGGACCUGCUGGGCUGGACCCAAGAGGGACAGUUCUGGGUGGAUGAAACGGAGUUCCUGUCCCAGUUUGAUAACAUCACAGUAGGGUAUCCCAUCAACGAUGAAGGACACCUGCAGAGCAUCUACUCUGGAGAGCUGUUGACCCACCGGCAACAGACGGGUGGCCGCUGGGUCAGAGGUCACUCAGCGGGCGGGUGCCGUAACAACAGCAGCUACAGCAGCAAUCCUAAGUUCUGGCUGCGAGUGUGCGAGAGGGGUGAGGUGUUAGUGUCUCUGCUACAACACAGACGGUGUAGCAGGAAAACAACAGCACGUCGUUACGCACACCCACCAGCAGAGGGCAGCAGAACACAACACCAGCACCACCCGGCCAUUGCUCUGCACAUGUGGAAGGUAGAGAAAAAGCGGUUUAACCUUUGUCGGAUUCUGAAUAGCCCUCCCUGUGCCUCCACACACUGCCAUGCCUAUGAACGGGAGGUGGUGCUACACGCACAUCUGGAGCCUGGCUUCCACCUUCUCAUCCCCAGUACCUUUCUGAAGGGGGUUGAGGGCAGCUUCCUCAUCAGAGUCUUUUCUUCUAGCCCAACCUCACUCAGUGCUAUAAAGACUCCAGUGCCCUCAUUGCCUUUGGGAACAGAGGGGGAAUGGGAGACAAACUUCUUCCAGGGCAAGUGGGUCCUGGGGUCAACAGCCGGGGGUAGCAGAAACUUCCUGUCUCAUUGGCAGAACCCCCACUUCCUGGUCACCAUGGGCAGCGACCUAGCAGGGUUAACUGGUGACAAUUUUAGGGUCAUUCUCCACCAGAAUUGCCCUGAUACUGACCUGCAGGCCAUUGGAUUUCACCUCUACAAGGCUCCAGAGGGACAGGGGCAGAACGAGUCUACAGUGCCCAGGGAUGAGGAGCCUGUGGCCAGCUGUGUACCCCACUGCUACACCCAGGAGGUCAGUCUGGCCUGCUGUCUUCCUCCAGGAGCCUAUGUCAUCCUGCCCUCCACCUACCUGCCUGGCUCCCCAGGCCAGUUCACCCUCACUGUGGCCCGCAGAUUACACAGGAGAGUGGUGAAGAGUCAGGAGAAUCUAGGGAGAGCCAUUCAGGAGAGGUCCUCUGUGGACCGGGCAUUAAUGGGAUCUGACAGGGCUGGCCGGUGUAAACAAACAGCCGCCAUUGAAGAGGUCCGCUCCUGCUCGCUGUGCUCCCUCACCGACCCGGGACAAAGGGCCCACUCAUGGAGCUCCUCACCGGAUCAGAAAGGGCAGGGGGUCUGACCCCUCCAGACUGCAGUGCAUCGACCCGGCCUCAGACCAUGGGGCUGUCUGUGCCUGUACGCCUCUUCCAUCCGUGCCUCCAGAGUAGUUCCUCGUAACCACUAAGAUGUGUCACCUUAAUGGUUCAGCCUAGGUUGGGUUUAGAUGACCAGCAAACCUGGAAAAUGUGAUACUCCAAAAAAAAAAUGUAAGGGUGUCAUCUGUGCGAUCCAACAGUUGUUGGGUGGCACAGUUACAUUUUGAAUUGUGAGGCUCUUUUCAGGGGUUGACAUUUCAUGUGUGCUUUUAUCUGAAUCUUUGCAUAGUAGUUGGCACAUGGAGUGUGUUUUUUGGGGGCACGAACAGAUUUUCAGUAAUCUACAAUAUGCAUUCAAAAUAUGUGAAUUAUAAAUUUCAAAGCUUUCUAGAGCUCUUUAUUAAGGGUGUCAGUUUAUUUUUUUUCUUUUACAGCCAAUGUGUAUUAUUUGUAGUUUUCAGCAUGUAUGGAGACACAGACUGCUCAAGGUCAGUGAAAGGUCAUUUGUAAAAACUACUAUGAUGGCCCAAGCUGAUUGCCUUGUGGUACUCCACAAAUUGCUGAAUUUUCAUUAGAUAGGCCACCACUGAACAAAUGAAUCUGUGUUCUAUUAGAUCAAGGCUGCCCAAUCUUAUUCCUGGAGCGCCAAAACACAUCUGGUUUUUGUUUCUCCCUGGUAGUCAAUAGCACUCAUCUGCAUUAGUCAGUGAAUAAAAGGAGAGGAGGAAACCCAGAAGUGUUUCACUCCUCAAUGAACUAAUAACUCUCAAUCCAGGAUGGGGCAGAGGGUGUAGAUCCGCAACCACACAAACAGUCAGUGUGACAGGCGAACAGAUACUGUAUCACUUGAAAGGCUUUAAAAGAGAAACUGAGUAAUGUUUUAAUGCUGUAGAAGUAUUCCAGCCCCACCAAGUAAACUACAAAUACCUGGUGGCUAAAACCAAUCCCCCUCUCGCAUGAGAGAAUAACGCAAAUGCUUGAAGAUGAUAGAAAGUGCAGGUUAUGAUUUGAGAAAACUUACAAUACAAAAACAUUGUAUCACUGUAGUCUAGUUAAAGAUGGCAAUGCACAAAUACACUAAUUUUGUCUGUUGCGAAGGUUUUCUUUCACAAAUAGGUUGUGAUCAAUGAUAUCAAAAGCUGCACUUAAUUUUCCACAAUGGUAUUAUGCAUUCAGCCAUUUAUUAGUCAUUUGUGUCAGUGCUGAGUAUGUCGAUCGGCAUCAGUAUGUAGUGAAGGGCAAUCUGUCAGUUCUCAGAAAAACAAUAUUUGGGAGAGAAAAAAAUAUUCAGAAAAUGUGCUCUGCACCAGUAACAGGUUGGUCAGUUUCCGGAUUUAGGAUUAGGGUACGUUUAUAAUCGAUUUCUGGCCCCCCCAGGGAAAGUGAAACAAACGUGUGUGUGGUUGGUCUCGGGCUUACGUAGCUACCACCGCUGACUGCAAUUGUUGACUGAAGACCAAGGUUUUAUUGUCUACUUGUCCUUCUUGAUUUCACUCUGCUUUAUGUUGUUUGGUUUGGUAUGUUCGUUUGUACAGAGGAAGCGGAUCCUGAUGGAACUAAAAUAAAAUGUCCUGCCAACGACAGAUUAUUGAUUUUU